AUGAGGAUUAUAUUGAUAACUAUUCUCCAGUCAAUUCAUUUGGUGACUCCACAAACGAACGAGAAUCUAAAGACAUUGAUUAGCGACCUGUUCUCUAAUUACUCCCCCAAAGUCCGCCCAAUGAUAAUUCAGAGUCACCCCGUGCCUCUGGAUGUCAGUUUUUACCUGAGUAGUGUUAACGAGGUCAGCGAGGUCAAGGAGAAGCUGGUUACCACGGGAUACCUGAUGUUGUCAUGGACGGAUCAGCUGCUGAGGUGGACGCCAUCACAAUAUAACAACACCGACACCAUCUUCAUUCCACAGAAUGAAAUAUGGAAGCCUGAUCUUGUACUGAAGAACGGAUUUAAAAAGUUCGAGGAGCUGGGAGGAAACUUUUACUACCUGUCAAUCAAUUAUGAAGGACUAGUGUUUUGGUUGCCGUUCAACGUUUUUGAAAGUCGCUGUUCCAUGGACAUAACGCAUUUCCCAUUCGACACACAGAAAUGUGACAUCAAAUUUGUUACAUGGAGUCAUUUUGCAGAUCAAAUAGAAAUUACAAAAUCAACAAAUGGAAUCCAAUUUUACGAAUUUGAGGCUAAUGGAGUUUGGGAUAUAAUCGACACGUCAUCGGAGAUAAGUAAAGAGAAUAGUGAAUCUGAAGUCAAAUUCACCAUCAAAUUACGUCGAAAGUCCCUUUAUUAUAUAUUAAAUAUAAUUCUACCCAUCGUUUUAUUGGGAUUUUUGAAUAUGCUAGUUUUUGUGAUUCCAGUCGAUGCAGGAGAAAAAAUGUCAUUUUGUGUGACCGUAUUUUUGGCCUUUGCUGUUUUUCUGACCAUUAUUUCCACGCUGUUGCCAACUACAUCCAAUCACACUCCAAUUAUAGCGAUGUACUUGAUCGUUCAGUUGAUAUACGGAGUAAUAGCCCUUAUUAUUUCAGCUUUCCAGCUCCGCCUUCAUCAUAGAGAUGAGGAAGAAGAAAUUCCUAAAUGUUUGAUAAAGAUCGUCCGACUUCAAAGAAAACUGAGAUGUAAAAAAGCGAGGGUAACUGAAUUAGUCGUUUUAGAAUCAAAACACAAAGAAAAUCUCGAAAACACACAGUAUAAGGAUGACAGCCCUGAAGAGACAUGUGACUGGAAGCAUGUGACUUCUUCCAUUGAUUUUUUCGCCUUCUGGUCUUUUUUGAUUUCCAACAUUGUGAUUACUCUUAGCAUGUUUUUAGCAUCCUCUUCGCAGUAACUCUUCAAAUCUGCAGACCAAAAACCAUAGUAAAUAUACCCUAAUCUGACUUUCUAUUAAUACUGAAUCCAAAUCUACAUAUCAUUAUUUUUUUUUCUUCGUGCAGGUGACAUUCUGUCUUUUUGGACAGUAAUGACUUUUUAUUAAUUUCAUACUAGAAUACAAAAUUUCAUAUACACCGGUAUAAUCGAUGAUAUACCUCUGAGCAAGUUAACCUCAGUCUGACCUUAUUUCCAUGUUCAAGCCAUUUGUUUUAGAACUUAGCAUAGUGACCUAACCUUCUUUAUUCAAUUUAAACUU